UGUGCGCCUGUAGCUCGGAAAAUUAAUUGUGGCUAUAGCCGCCUCGAUCGCUGUCUCCCCAGCCUCGCCGCGGCCGCUCCGGGACGCGCCCGCCCGCCGCCCGGCUCUCCCCCCCUUUGGGCUGCUGCUGCUGCUGCUGUGACUGCUGCUGCGAGAGGAGGAGGAGGAGGAGGAAGCAGCGGGGGGGGGAGCGGGGGGUGGGGGGGGAGACCAAGAAGUACAGUUGGGAGCGAGGGAGCUUCACCCCCGGGGCGGUGGUUGUUUCUUUUUUCUUUCUUUCUUUUUUUCUUUUCCUUUUUUUUUUUUUUUUUUUCUAAUUCCUGAGGGGUGGUUGCUGCUUUUGCUACAUGACUUGCCAGCGCCCGAGCCUGCGGUCCAACUGCGCUGCUGCCGGAGCGCUCAGUGCCGCCGCUGCCGCCCGCGCCCCCCGCGCCCCGUUCGGCACCCACCGGUCGCCGCCGCCCGCCGCGCCGCUGUCCCGCUCCCGCGCCGCCGCCGCCGUUUCCCCCCGACGACUGGGUGAUGCUGGACAUGGGAGAUAGGAAAGAGGUGAAAAUGAUCCCCAAGUCCUCGUUCAGCAUCAACAGCCUGGUGCCCGAGGCGGUCCAGAACGACAACCACCACGCGAGCCACGGCCACCACAACAGCCACCACCCCCAGCACCACCACCACCACCACCACCAUCACCACCACCCGCCGCCGCCCGCCCCGCAACCGCCGCCGCCGCCGCAGCAGCAGCAGCCGCCGCCGCCGCCGCCGCCCCCGGCACCGCAGCCCCCCCAGACGCGGGGCGCCCCGGCCGCCGACGACGACAAGGGCCCCCAGCAGCUGUUGCUCCCGCCGCCGCCACCGCCACCACCGGCCGCCGCCCUGGACGGGGCCAAAGCGGACGGGCUGGGCGGCAAGGGCGAGCCGGGCGGCGGGCCCGGGGAGCUGGCGCCCGUCGGGCCGGACGAGAAGGAGAAGGGCGCCGGCGCCGGGGGGGAGGAGAAGAAGGGGGCGGGCGAGGGCGGCAAGGACGGGGAGGGGGGCAAGGAGGGCGAGAAGAAGAACGGCAAGUACGAGAAGCCGCCGUUCAGCUACAACGCUCUCAUCAUGAUGGCCAUCCGGCAGAGCCCCGAGAAGCGGCUCACGCUCAACGGCAUCUACGAGUUCAUCAUGAAGAACUUCCCCUACUACCGCGAGAACAAGCAGGGCUGGCAGAACUCCAUCCGCCACAAUCUGUCCCUCAACAAGUGCUUCGUGAAGGUGCCGCGCCACUACGACGACCCGGGCAAGGGCAACUACUGGAUGCUGGACCCGUCGAGCGACGACGUGUUCAUCGGCGGCACCACGGGCAAGCUGCGGCGCCGCUCCACCACCUCGCGGGCCAAGCUGGCCUUCAAGCGCGGUGCGCGCCUCACCUCCACCGGCCUCACCUUCAUGGACCGCGCCGGCUCCCUCUACUGGCCCAUGUCGCCCUUCCUGUCCCUGCACCACCCCCGCGCCAGCAGCACUUUGAGUUACAACGGCACCACGUCGGCCUACCCCAGCCACCCCAUGCCCUACAGCUCCGUGUUGACUCAGAACUCGCUGGGCAACAACCACUCCUUCUCCACGGCCAACGGCCUGAGCGUGGACCGGCUGGUCAACGGGGAGAUCCCGUACGCCACGCACCACCUCACGGCCGCCGCGCUAGCCGCCUCGGUGCCCUGCGGCCUGUCGGUGCCCUGCUCCGGGACCUACUCCCUCAACCCCUGCUCCGUCAACCUGCUCGCGGGCCAGACCAGUUACUUUUUCCCCCACGUCCCGCACCCGUCAAUGACUUCGCAGAGCAGCACGUCCAUGAGCGCCAGGGCCGCGUCCUCCUCCACGUCGCCGCAGGCCCCCUCGACCCUGCCCUGUGAGUCUUUAAGACCCUCUUUGCCAAGUUUUACAACGGGACUGUCCGGGGGACUGUCUGAUUAUUUCACACAUCAAAAUCAGGGGUCUUCUUCCAACCCUUUAAUACAUUAACAUCCCUGGGACCAGACUGUAAGUGAACGUUUUACACACAUUUGCAUUGUAAAUGAUAAUUAAAAAAAUAAGUCCAGGUAUUUUUUAUUAAGCCCCCCCUCCCAUUUCUGUACGUUUGUUCAGUCUCUAGGGUUGUUUAUUAUUCUAACAAGGUGUGGAGUGUCAGCGAGGUGCAAUGUGGGGAGAAUACAUUGUAGAAUAUAAGGUUUGGAAGUCAAAAUUAUAGUAGAAUGUGUAUCUAAAUAGUGACUGCUUUGCCAUUUCAUUCAAACCUGACAAGUCUAUCUCUAAGAGCCGCCAGAUUUCCAUGUGUGCAGUAUUAUAAGUUAUCAUGGAACUAUAUGGUGGACGCAGACCUUGAGAACAACCUAAAUUAUGGGGAGAGUUUUAAAAUGUUAAACUGUAAUUUGUAUUUAAAAAGCAUUCGUAGUAAAGGUGCCCAAGAAAUUAUUUUGGCCAUUUAUUGUUUUGUCCUUUUCUUUAAAGAACUGUUUUUUUUCUUUUGUUUACUUUUAGACCAAAGAUUGGGUUCUAGAAAAUGCACUUGGUAUUCUAAGUAUUAAAAAAAACAAAAAGGAAAGUUGUUUCAGUUGGCAACACUGCCCAUUCAAUUGAAUCAGAAGGGGACAAAAUUAACGAUUGCCUUCAGUUUGUGUUGUGUAUAUUUUGAUGUAUGUGGUCACUAACAGGUCACUUUUAUUUUUUCUAAAUGUAGUGAAAUGUUAAUACCUAUUGUACUUAUAGGUAAACCUUGCAAAUAUGUAACCUGUGUUGCGCAAAUGCCGCAUAAAUUUGAGUGAUUGUUAAUGUUGUCUUAAAAUUUCUUGAUUGUGAUACUGUGGUCAUAUGCCCGUGUUUGUCACUUACAAAAAUGUUUACUAUGAACACACAGAAAUAAAAAAUAGGCUAAAUUCA